GGCGCUGCCGGGGCGCGGCCAUGGCGGAGACGCGGCCGCUGCGGCUGCUGGCGCUGCACGGUUACCGGCAGAGCGCCCGCCGCCUCCGCCAGCGCACCGGCGCGCUCCGCAAGGCCCUGCGCGGCCGCGCCGAGCUGGUGGCCAUCGACGCGCCGCACCGCUUGCCCGCCGGCGCUGAGGACGACCCCGACGGGGACGAUCCCCCCCGCGGCUGGUGGUUCUCCGGGCCCGGCACGUUCGAGGCGGGCGAGGCGGCUGCGGCACCGGCGGGGCUGGAGGAGUCUCUCUCGACCGUUGCGGCGGCGCUGGCGGAGCACGGGCCCUUCGACGGGCUACUGGGCUUCAGCCAGGGCGCGGCGCUGGCCGCCAUGGUGUGCGCCCUGCGGGCCCGCGGCGACCCGCGCUUCCCGGUGGCCUUCGCCGUGCUGGUGGCCGCGUUCGCCAGCCGCGCCCCGGCACACGGACACUUCUACCGGGAUCCCAUCGCCCUGCCCACGCUGCACGUCGUGGGCGACACCGACGCGGUCAUCGCAGCGCCCCUCAGCAGGGAGCUGGCCCAGUGCUUCGUGGAGCCCGUUGUCCUCACGCACCCCGGCGGGCACUUCAUCCCCGCGGCCCCGGCGCAGAAGAAAGCCUACCUGGAAUUCUUGGAACGCUUCUGCCCCGGGCAGGGCCAGGCCGAGCGCCCAGGGGCUGAGGAGGUUUGAGAACGGGGUCUGUAAUAAAAAAAGGCUCUGGUGAGCCCCAUGCAGCC